UUGCAGCGUCUGAUACCUUGUGUCAGCAUCUCUCGUCCUCCCCAUCUCCACCGGAAUAAAACUGUGUUCGCGUUCACGGGUUCCAGGGGAUGGAUGGCGGGGGUGUGUUGAGUGUUCGCAGAUGACACCAUGAACCCUGCCGCAAGCGGCGCUGCCGACCCUCCACCGGCAGACAAUAGCAGCAGAAAACAGAACAGGACUUCAUCCCCGGCUAGAUUCAGAGACAGCGCGUCCAAAUCGGCCUCGAAAGGCACCGCAGCGUCAAAACCCAUCACAUCCAAAGUUGGUGGGCGAAACAGCCGCGGUAAUUCGCCGGCGUCGUCACCCGUCAGCAAGGACAGGCAGUCUCCCAAAGGCGCGGCAGCUGUCCAUCCGGGCGGUGCUGAAACAAGUGCUCUCAAUACGUGCAGGGCGGAGGCGAGCAAGAAAACAGAGGAGCGAAACAGUCUUUCGAGCGACCUCCGCUGCGCGGACGCGUCCUGCUUUAAAGGGGAGAGUAAUCGGGUUGUUUCCGAUCAGCCCGGCAGCGCAUCGAAAUCCUCCAAGGGGAAGGCGAAAAACCAGAAAGGAGGGGAGGCGACAGCGGGCUGUAGCAAGCAGAGCGGCAAGACUUCCGUGGGCUGCGGGCCUGGCUUUUGGAAAGAAGGAUGUUUGCAGUCUGAAUUGAUACAGUUUCACAUAAACAAGAGCUUAAAGAAAAGCGGAAAGAUGCACACCAAGACACCCAGCGCCCCGGUCACGGAGCCGGAGCCAGAGCCGGAGCCGGAGCCAGAGAUGUCUCCUGAGGGUAUUUCCACGGAGCCCGUGACACGGCAAGACCAGAGCCUACUGGACGAAAUGGAGAGGUUGGUGGAGGAAAAUGAGGAUCUUAAGAAUGAAAUUGAGGAGAUGCGGACGGAAAUGGAUGAAAUGCGAGACACCUUCUACGAAGAGGAUGCCUGCCAGCUGCAGGAUAUGCGUCGCGAGCUGGAGCGAGCCAACAAGAACUGCCGGAUCCUGCAGUACCGCUUGCGGAAGGCGGAGAGGAAGCGGCUGCGGUACGCGCAGACCGGCGAGAUAGACGGGGAGCUGCUCCGGAGCUUGGAGCAAGACCUGAAGGUGGCGAAGGACGUGUCUGUGAGGCUGCACCAUGAGCUGGAGAACGUGGAGGAGAAACGGACGAAGACCGAGGACGAGAACGAGAAGCUGAGGCAGCAGCUGAUCGAGGUGGAGGUGACGAAGCAGGCCCUGCAGAACGAGCUGGAGAAAAGCAAGGAGCUGUCACUGAAACGAAGGGGAAGCAAAGACGUACAGAAGUCAGAGAAAAAGACACCGCAGACUCCAACAGAGGAGGAGAACGAGGACCUGAAGUGUCAGCUGGCGUUCAUUAAGGAGGAGGCCACGCUGAUGAGGAAGAAGAUGGCGAAGAUCGACAAGGAGAAGGACCGGCUGGAGCAGGAGCUGCAGAAGUACCGCUCCUUCUACGGCGACCUGGACAGCCCGCUGCCCAAGGGCGAGGCCAGCGGCCCCGCCACCACCCGCGAGGCGGAGCUCAAGCUGCGGCUGCGUCUGGUGGAGGAGGAGGCCAACAUCCUGGGCCGCAAGAUCGUGGAGCUGGAGGUGGAGAACCGCGGGCUGAAGGCGGAGCUGGAGGACCUGCGGGGGGAGGAGCUGGCGGGCGCCGCCGGCCCCUCGUGCCGCGAGCAGAGCGAGUCCAUCUCCGAGCUGCGGCAGCAGCUGCAGCUGGUGGAGGACGAGGCGGAGCUGCUGCGCCGGAGCCUCGCCGACCUGGAGGAGCAGAACAAGAGGGUGACCGGCGAGCUCAACAAGCUCAAGUACAAGGCCGGCUCGCACGAGGGCAGCGGCCGGCACGGCGCCGACGGCGGCAAGGCCGAGGCGCUGCAGGAGGAGCUGAAGGCGGCACGGCUGCACAUCAACGAGCUGAGCGGCAAGGUGAUGCAGCUGCAGUACGAGAACCGCGUGCUCAUGUCCAACAUGCAGCGCUACGACCUGGCCUCGCACCUGGGCAUCCGCGCCAGCCCCCGCGACAGCGACGCCGAGAGCGACGGUGGCCGGCGCGAGAGCGACGACGACGCCGCCCGCCCUCCCCACCGCAAGCGCGAGGGCCCCAUCGGUGGCGAGAGCGACUCGGAGGAGGUGCGCAACAUGCGCUGCCUGACCCCCACGCGCUCCCUCUACUCGCCCGACGGCCGCUUCCUGUCCAGGAGCUUCCGGGACCGGCAGCAGAUGAUCGACAUCCGCAUGGAGGCGGAGCGGCUGAGCAGGACCAUUGACCGGCUCAUCGCCGACACCAGCACCAUCAUCGCCGAGGCGCGCGUUUAUGUUGCCAACGGCGACCUCUUCGGCCGGAUGGACGAGGAUGACGAUGGCAGCCGGAUCAGGGAACACGAGCUGCUGUACCGCAUCAACGCUCAGAUGAAGGCCUUCCGGAAGGACCUGCAGAACUUCAUCGACCGCCUGGAGGUCCCCAAGUCUGAGGACAGGGACAAAGAGGAACCUCUGUCUAUGUUUCAACCUAUUAUUUUACUUAUCCUCAUUCUUGUGUUGUUCUCCUCACUGUCAUACGCCACCAUCUUUAAACUAGUCUUUCUUUUCACCCUCUUCUUUGUCCUUGUUGCGGUGAUAUGGGGGAGACAAAUGCGUCUGGUGCGAAAGGCGCAGCGGCGGCUGCCGCGAGAGGAAAUGUGGAAUGCAUUUGGAAAUGGGUCAGGGUUGCAUGGGGGCGGCGGUGGCGGCGGGUAUGUGAGCAAAGCUCAGGGUUGGGAAUUUGUCCCGUGUUCGUCCAGGUUACAAAAAGAAAGGGGCAGGAGGACGAGCCGCAGUCCGCUUAGGACUCUCUCGUCCCCCGCGUCGGUCGGUCCGUUUUACGAACAGCUGUUACCUGGACUGGGAGUGACACCGGAGACCGGGGGCACCGGGGCUCAGGCGCAGUCCGCGCGGCAGGACCUGCAGCACGCUCGGCUGAAAAAGAAAUUCGAAGACUUAAAGAAACGCCACGGACAAGAUAAGGAGGAAUGGAUGAGGGAAAAGGAGAUGCUUUUGAGACAAGUUGCUGAAAUACAAGGAGGGGAAAACAGAAGGAUUUUGUUGGAUCUGAAAUCGGUUUUGGAGGACGUUCAGCUUGAGGUAAAGAAAGAGGAGACGAAGAGAAACGAACUGCAGCUGCUGUACACGAAGGACCGGUGCGCGUGGGAACUGGAGCGAGCGGAAUUAAAAUGCCGUAUCGCGCAGCUGGAGGUGAGGGGAAGUAAGGCCGGCGUGGAGGUCCCGGUGACCCCUGAUCCCCGGGAGUCGCUGCGGAGGGAGCGGGAGGAGCAGAAGAGGUUGCUGGCGGACACACACACAGCCGCCAUGGACCUCCGCUGCCGGCUGGAGCACAGCGAGCGGGGGUGGGCGCGGGAGAAGACCGAGCUGCUGGAGAGAUUCGACGCCGAGAGGAAGGAGUGGGAGAGCCAGCUCAGGGACAUGCAGAGGAAGAUCGAGGAGCUGUAUAACGAGGUAAAGGCCCGGAGAGAGGGGGAUGAUAAUGAACCGGACAGAGGGACCCAAAGUGGUGUUCUAAGGCUCAGCUUGCAGUCCACCAGCACCGGCUCCAGUGUUCUGACUGACCCUCCCGAUUCUCACAGCAACACUGACAGCAGCCCCCCCGACCAGCAUAGCAGCGGCUACAGCGACCCUUCCGACCAACCGGAUCACCACAGCAAAGGCCGCGGCGAGCCCACCGACCGUCCAAACAGCUGCUACAGUCACCCCCUCGAUCGCAAACACCAAAGCCGCGACCCCGGGGAUCACCACGACGACAGCGGGAGGGACUCAGGCACAGCGGAGCUGGAGCUCAUCCUGCAGAGCUGCCUGGAGCAGGGGUUCGAGAGCGGCCCUCCCUCCACCAGGCAGCAAGCCUACGUCAGCCCCUUCAGCACCUUAACCUGCGGCAGUGACAAGAAGAGGAACACUAUGGCGCUCAAUGCUGCCCUGAGAGAGAUCGCCAGAGUGAGUCAGGAGCUGUGCAGCUACCAGGAUGAGAUCAGAAAGAAGUCUGAGGACAAACGGAGCAGAACGGACUCUUUUCUCGAAGAUCUUGAGGAGCUGGAGAACCUGAAGAACAAAGCAGGGAAUGGAGAUACACUUUUCAGCCCAACACAGUGGUGUGACCAGUUUCAGGUCCCGGAGGAACAGAACUGGAUCAGUUGGGAGGGGGUCCACAUGGACCCCAGGAAGGCAGAUGAGGGGGCCAAGGCCCCUCAGAGGAAGAGUGAGGCCCCGCCAAUUCCCCCUCGAACAACGUCCUGGUACCUAAACAGCCCCACAGCACCAGAGCUAGAACUCCCUGUUCCAGAAUCUGCAGACCUGAAGUGCCAUAGCCCAUGUGUCCUUGCAGACAGGAAGUGUCCCUCUGUGCUGAGGAAGUUUGGGGCCAUGCUGCAGGAGAAUGAAGGGAGCACUCUGACAGACUCUGGUGUUAUUGUCAGCACCGCAACUGCGGACUCCAAGUGCAACAUCGGCUGCUGCCACAGCAGGUGGGCCUGUGACGGCAGCAAGUUUGGCAGCAGCAAGUCGUCCACAUAUGUGCCUGUCCAGAAACAUCCACCAGAUGCCAAUAUAUUGGCAGCAGAGAUGGACUGUGGCCCAGACUGCAGACCAGCUGACAACCCAAAGUGCCCUGGGGGGCAGUUCCAGUCUGUGGACAGAGACUUUUUCUCAUUGGAUUUAAGGCCCCCUCCCUCAGGCGUCCCCCCUCCUUACCCCAACACCAAUGGCUCACGAAGGAAUGAGACUCUGGAACUGAAGACUGCAGAGUUUAACCGUACUCUGUUCCAGGUGGAGAUGGGUCGUUGGAUUGAUGAGGACAACACUGCUUCCCCUGAGAUCUCUGUGAGUGGCAUUACUAGCUGCUCACCUCAGCCCCUUGAAAUCAAACCCAGGGCCGUGUCCCCUGAUCUUCCACCUCAGUAUCCUGAGAUCAAACUUCGGGCCGUGACCUCUGAAGUUCAACCCCAGCACCCUGAGAUGAAAUCCAGGGCCAUGACCUCUGACCUCCCGCCUCAGUUCCUACAGGAGAAGGAGUUGGACAGCCCCUCUGUGGAGAGUAACCUCUCUGCAUUUUGGCGGUAUGUUCCUAGUGUGAGCGCCAGCGCAGUGCGGGCCAAGGCCCUGGGGGUGAAGCCUGUGGGUGCGCGGCAGGCCAGCGAGGUGAGGUCAGGGAAGGCCAGUGGCACUGGCGACACCGUCUUACGGGUCCUGAAGGACCAGCCCUGGAAGCCCACCACUCUGGCUGCCUACCCACGACCCGCAGACUCCAGGUCCAACUAUGGAGCGGUGGAGAAGAUACUGAAGAGCUUUGAGAGUUUUGGUGGGUCCCAGCAGUGUCAGCAGGGCCGUUCUAGUCUGGCCCAGGAGGAUGACCUCAUUGACUUGCUGGACAUGCUGGAAGUUAAGCAGCAGUCCACCUCUGGGCCUGGACAAAGACUCGCACACAGAGACACGUCCGUCCAACACAGUGGCAUGCACAGAGACAUGCCUAGCACACUGCAGGAGAGCAGAGCGUCGUCGUCCGUAUCCACGAAGAAGAGCUUCUCUCGCCCCGCCUGCCCCGCCAACCGCCGCCUCCCAUCCCGAUGGGCCAGCCGCUCGCCCAGCACACCCUCUGACCCCGCCCCACGCCCCUCGGUCACUGCCCAGGCACAGACCUUUUCCUACUCCUACCACACGGAGACCGUGAUCUUAUGAGCCCUGAGACGUGAGCAGUGACGGUCCGCUCAAGCUGACGGGAGGACACGUCUCUGCAGACUAUUAGCCCUGCUUCCCCUCUCUGUAAAUACCAACCUGAGACUGUUAUUUCUACCCAGCUACAAAGUGCUUUAGCUGUGUGGUCUCUGCACAGCAACAUAUUUUUAGAAGGUGAUGCAUUACGCAAAAGAAACUGUACACGCUGGCAUGGAGUCUCCAGUGUUUCCUUGGCCUACUGUUAUUCCUCACCAUACUCAGUCAUUGUGUUCAACAUGUCCGCCUUUUUCUUCCCCUUUAUGAGUGAUCGCUGUGUAAUUUUGCGCCCGUCCAUCAUUCUGUGCAUGGCUCCCUGUUUGUGGGUGCAUGUGUCUGUGUUUGAAUGUAUCCGGCAUUAUGUAGGUCACUGUUACUGACAAACAGUAGUUCAACUUUAUUCAACAUGGUAAAUAUC